AUGUCGAGGGCCAAGCGAAUGGAGGAUGGCUCUCAAGAAAUUGAAGUGUUCUGCAUGGAAGUUGCCAUACAACGGAUCAGGGUCCGGCCUUCAAUAUCACUCAGAUGGGAAGAUUGUCUUUGGGAUCGAGAAGCAUUGCCAACGUGUCAUGAGCUUGUGGAAAGAAAUAUAUCGUCCGAUGAUAAUGGUCGGGUUUGGAUCCUAGCUGGACCAGAUUGCGUUGUAACUUGUAAUGGUGUCAAGCACGGUGAGUCGAAUUCUGGAAGAACGGCAGUGCGUCUUCAUCAGAACGAUGUGUUGGCUUUCGAUGUCAGAGGUUCGUUUACCGAGGAUAAUCGCAACCACCCUGACAGGGUCGUGGCCGUCGUGGAAUAUGCCGGCGUGCCAGGCAUGGAUACUAAAAUCAGGAGCCCUGACCUUGCAAAAUCAAGCGACGAACGUGUCGGCGCCACGUCCAAACAGCAUCACGUUGGCGAUCUCCCGGAAUUCCAGGACACCAACAGUCAAGAGACGAGCGAGGAUCAACCCUUCGAUCUGGGCGGGGAUUGUGACGAUUCCAGCGACGACGAAUCUGCGAAUGAUCGACGCAAGUUGCGCAAAGGACGGAUCAUGGCAUCCAUUGCCGAUGGAGUUCUGAUACGUUCACUACAGUCCAAUGCAAUUGAUCUUGUCGACACUGGCAGAAGACAUGCUCUCGUGUCUGCAAGCGGAUCCGAGGCCGAAGAUGAGUGUGGUAGUCUCAAUGAAACCAGUGAUGGACACGAUGCAACGCACCAGGCAGCCGAAAGCGAGAAGCCUCCAGGGAAGCGAGUAAAGAAGACGCUUGUCACUGCAGAGCAGGAGCAUCACAAGGUAGCUGACUUGGAUUGUAGCGACGGUUCUGAUUAG